AUGGGCCAGAAAAGUCAUCCCUUAGAGGGGAAAGAUAUCAUAGUCGCAGGUGCGGGUGUCGCCGGAUCUGCUUUUGUUGCGGCACUCACCAAGCUUUGGAACCCCGAGCUGAAACAGCCAAACAUCAUCGUCGUCGAACGUGACCCGCGAGAUGUUGUUCGCCAGAGAGAAGGCUACAGCCUGUCACUAACGGGACAUGACGAUACUAGCGGCCUGGCAGUUCUCAAAAAGCUGGGCCUCCUCGACAGUGCACUCGGAAAGGCUGUAGCGAGCACAGAUGACACUGGUGCCUUCAAGAUCUGGGGCGCAGACUGGACAGAGAAAACAAGCCUUCACCGGAAACCUGCUGAAGGGCUACCUACAUCAACCAUCCGCAUAUCCCGCAGGGAGCUUCGCGGACUUCUGCACAAUACAAUCCGCGACAAGAGCACAAUACUGUGGGAGACGCAGUGCAUCUCCGCCAAGGCUCUCGACAACGGCCGAGUGCAGGUUGAGCUCAUGAAGAAUGACGACGAGAGCGUACGAUACGAGGAGUGCGACCUGCUCAUAGCUGCCGACGGUGCCAGCAGCAAGCUGAGAUCCUACCUCCGGCCCGACGAUCAACUGGAAUAUCAAGGAGCGGCGUUGAGGGGAGGUCUCUCCAGGUUCGACGGCCCCUUGCCGGCCCCUCUCAACAAGGACUGGGGGUUCGCCCUGUCCGGGGAUGGUGUGUCAUGUUUUUACUCCCCAGUUGAUGAGCAUACGGUUGUCUGGACAGUGGGCAACCAGGAGCCAGAGCCGCUCCCUCCACUAGACCACUCUUCUGAAGCUGCUUGCAAGGCGGUAGUCGAGCGAGGGCGGGAGCUGGGUGCUCUCUUCCAUGAGCCGUUCAACAACAUCGUCAAUAACACUGACCUGAGUGCUGUUCUCUGUAUCAAUGCAAGGGACAAGAUGCCUUUUUGUCAUGACGGCUUUGACACCCUGCCCGUCGUGUUUAUUGGUGAUAGCAACCAUGCCCUGAGUCCAUUUUCUGGCAUUGGAGCCAACCUUGCGCUGGGCGAUGGAUGGGAGCUAGCGAAACAGAUCUGCGCGGAGAGUCAGGUGUCUCUGGCGAGUGCGGUCAAGGCCUACGAUUCCAUCAUCGUGCCUCGAACGACCAAGAUCGUAAAGGCGGCGCGGAGACGGCUUGAGAUGGGUCACAGCACUGGCUUCAAACUGUGGUUGUUUUAUCUGAUACUGGCUCUGAGUAGGGUGGUUGGGCGUAUUGUCGGGGACAGGAGGAAAUGA